AUGUCGAAGCCAAAGGUUCUUAUCGUCGGUUGCGGCGCCGUGGGCUUAAGCCAGGGUUAUCACCUCUCCGCCGGUGCAGACAUUACCUACCUUGUGAGACCCGGUCGCAAACCAGCAUUUCUAGCCCCGAAACAACUCUAUGCGUACAAGACGGAUACACUACACACUUUCUCAUCAUACCGUGUUAUCGAGUCGGUCGCCGAGGUCAAGGGUGAGACAUUUGCUUUCGUUCUCGAUACCUUGGACGGCCACACCGCACGCUCAGAGAAUGGCGUCACAACGAUCCGCUCGGUAGGCAAUCUCGUCAACCAGCCACAGAAUAAAGAGUGCUUUGUCAUCUUCGAUGCCGUCGGCUUAGAUAUAGAAGAACACUACGCCAGCAAUCUGCGCUUGCCGAAAUCUCGCCUUCUAAUGGUGGCAAGCAUGCUUGCGCAUCAGCCUACGCCCAAGAUCUCAGUCCCUGCUGCAGCAAGUAAGGAUCUUGUAGCCAAGGCAGAUAUAUUGUAUUCUCCUGCGCUGCCCGGUGUAGGCCUUCUGAUAGGCAACACACAACCCGCACUCGUCAAGAAAGUCGCUGCGAUCUACAACGUCAAUGGCGAGCUCGUUAUCAGCACGAUGCCUGCAUUCAUCAACGCCUUGUUUCAGUCAAUUGCACUCCUUCAUCUGGUCAUUUGGAAUAUUGACGGCUUCGGGCCGUUCUCGCACCUCCGUUCCAACACCGAACUCUGGAGCUUACUUCUACGGGCUCAGACCGAGAUUCUACGACUUCCACGCUUCGGCUGGACGGGCUGGUUGCUCUCGCUUGUAAUGGGGAGCUGGGCCACGGAGAAGGCGAUGACACCACCUGUGGAAGGCUCUAAGCCGCUUGUUUAUCAUGAGUUUAAUGCGUUUCAUCAUGGGGGUAAAGUCUCGAGGCAGGAUCUUAUGAUCAUGGAAGAGAUACUGGAUGAAGGAGAGAAGUCGGGAACGAAGAUGGAAGCAUUGCGGGAGGUUGUGAGGCGGGUAAGAGCAUUGAGGCCAUGA